AUGGAGGAAGAACCUUUGAAAUGCCUUGAGUUUUUCGCUGGUAUUGGCGGUUUUCAUUAUGCAUUAAAAGAUGGUGGUUUAAGAUGCCGAGUGUUGGCAGCUUUUGACAUUAAUCCUGUAACAAAUACAAUCUAUCAAGCUAAUUUUCCGGACACGAAAGUUUAUCAAAAAAAUAUUCAGGUUUUAAUUCUAGCUAUUAUCAAAGGAGUUCGUCUUGACCUGCGCGAUCGUCGCUGUGAUGGCCUCUUGAAUUUAUGCCAUGAGCUGCGAAAUAUGCGCGGCCCGCCAAGUUUUGUCAUGGUAGAAAACGUUUGCGGUUUUGAGACAUCAAUGGCAUGUGACGUUUUAAGAAAAGCUCUUUCAGAAACAGGAUACGUGUUUGAAGUAAACUUUUCACCUAAGCAAAGUCAGUUACAGGAAUUUAUAUUAACGCCUUUACAAUUAGGUAUUCCUAAUUCUCGACCCCGCUAUUACUUAUUGGCAAAACUUGGUGGGAGUGUAAUCAAUUCUUGCGAUGGACUCAAAUUGGAAUUUCCAGAAGUACUGGGUUUACGUGGUUCUCCACUCCGUUCCAUAGGGGAAUUUGUCAGCCUGGAGAAUGACGCAAAUGAAAACCUCAAGAUAAACUUAUCAUCUAUAAUUCAACAUGCAUCUGCUUUGAGUUAUGUGGCAAGACCAAGUAAACGGUCCGCCUGUUUUACAAAGUCAUAUUCGUUGUUCUUAAAAGGAUGCGGUUCAGUUUUUGUGACAACUCCAGAACUUCAGGUAGAACACCCAAAAGAGGAACUUCUGAAAUUAUUGGUACUUUUUGUUAGCGACAGUAAGCAGACUUCACUCAGCGAGCCCUUUGGUCUCCGGUUUUUCUCUUGGCGCGAAGUAGCAAACCUACUUGGUUUUCCUUCGGAUUUCCAUAAACCAGAGAGAAUUACAGAUAAGCAGAUGUAUCGCGCACUCGGUAACAGUGUCAGUAUUUUCGCUGUGGCGGCGUUACUGAAAUAUCUUCUAGAAUGCAAAGGCCCCUAUAGGUGA